AUGUUAUCUCCCCCUUUCGUCUCGUCCCCUUCUUCCUCUCCCCUAAAGGCUGGAAGAGUGGUCUCGGCGCAAGGCCUUCGUCUUGAGACGUUAGAAGAGCGGUCCAGGCGCAAGGCCUUCAUCCUAGAACGAGGUCUGCUGGACCCGAGAAGAGUGGACGGAACGAUCCGACCCGAAUCCACCACCGGCAGCAGGGGAAGAGUCAGGGAUCGGGACAGGACAGAUGAACAACACAAGAGAGAGGAUGGUGCGGAACAGGGAGGGGAGAGGGAAGGGGGAACUCUGGGGGAGGUGGGGGCAGAAGCGGGAGAGAGUGGGGUGGAGAAGGGGGAAGGAGGAGGGAAGCGCGGAGGGAAGCGAGGAGGCGGUGGGGAGAGGAGGAGGUCGAAGGAGGAACGGGAGAUGUUUCUGCGGUGCCGCGUGUUUGCGAGGUUUCUCAGUGCAGAGGAGCACGAGGGGUUGGAACACGAGGGGCUGGUGCAGAGUCUGAUGCAAGCACAGCGACUGCGAGACAGAGUGGUUGUGCUGCAGGUGAGAGCCGCUGGUGCAGAGUGGGGCUGGUGCAGAGUGGGGCUGUUGCAGAGUGGGGCUGGUGCAAAGUGGGGCUGGUACAGAGUGGGGCUGGUGCAGAGUGGGGCUGGUGCAGAGUUUGACCCAGGCACAGAGGCUGAACUCAGAGCAGCAGGGUGCAAGUCACUGGCGGAGGGUCGUCGGUUCAUCCAGGCGCAUUACAAGGACAACCCCGUUGCUGCUGCUGCCGCCAUCGCGUGCCUUCCACCCUCCGCCACAGGUGGGGUAUGCACCCUACGCCACAGUAUCCCGCUCGUUCUUCAACCCUCUGCCACUUUUCCCCGCACUCUCUUUGUUCUUUUGCCACUUGCGCCACCAGCCAUCAGCACAGCAUCAUCAGGAGGUGCCUCUGCUGCUCUUGACAUCUCCUCCCACCCAGGACGCGACCUUCUAUCAGCCAAGGAGCGUGAGCUGUGCACGCACAUGCGCCUGCUGCCAGCACACUACCUCCUGGCCAAGCAGUCAUCAGGUUAUUUUGCAGCAGGCAGUCUUCUCAGGGGGGACCAUCUCACGAGCAGCAGUGCACCGACUCUUCCGCCUGCCCUCUGCCACCACUGGUGGCAUGUUCCUUGCGUUUUCUCCCUACAUCCCCCGUUCCCCUCUCCCCCAUCUCAACAGGUUAUUUUGCAGCAGGCAGCCCUCUCAGGAGGCACCAUCUCACGAGCAGCGGUGCAUCGACUCUUCCGCCUGCCCCCUGACACCACCGACGCCAUUUUUAGACUCCUGCUGGGGGCUGGCUGGAUAGCUGAAGCUGGGGGGAACAAUUCUGGUGGGGGGAUGGGAGGGGCGAUGGGAGGGGGGAUGGUGAAGCAAGAGGGAAUGUGA